GGAGCCGCGAGCGCCACCAGGGCAGCAGCCGCCGCAGCCGCCGCCGCUGGGCAGAGGAGCCGGAGACGCGGGCGGACGAGGUGGCGGCGGCGGCGGAGCGGGAGCGGGGACCGGGCGCGGGCAGAGCGCGGCGGCGCGGGUAGGCUGCGGCGGCGGGGUGUAUUCCAGAGAAUAAGUCUUCAAACACCUUUGCCAUAUUGUCUCUGAGCUGUCAGGGGACUCAGGCUUAUGAGGAGGUACUGUCACACAAAACAGUGUCUAGUGAAGACGACAAGAAAGUGGGGAAAGGAUUGGAAAAAGAAGCUAAAACACUAUAGGAAACCAUGAGAUCUAUUAGAUCUUUUGCCAAUGAUGAUCGCCAUGUAAUGGUGAAACAUUCAACAAUCUAUCCAUCUCCAGAGGAACUUGAAGCUGUUCAGAAUAUGGUGUCUACUGUUGAAUGUGCUCUUAAACAUGUCUCAGAUUGGCUUGAUGAAACAAAUAAAGGCACAAAAGCAGAGGGUGAGACAGAAGUGAAGAAGGAUGAGGCCGUAGACACCUAUUCCAAGGAUCAAGGUGGUCGGACAUUGUGUGGUGUAAUGAGGAUUGGCCUGGUUGCAAAAGGCUUGCUGAUUAAAGAUGAUAUGGACUUGGAGCUGGUUUUAAUGUGCAAAGACAAACCCACAGAGACCCUGUUAAAUACAGUCAAAGAUAAUCUUCCUAUUCAGAUUCAGAAACUCACAGAAGAGAAAUAUGAAGUGGAACAAUGUGUAGAUGAGGCUUCUAUUAUAAUUCGGAAUACAAAAGAGCCCACGCUAACUUUGAAGGUGAUACUUACUUCCCCGCUAAUUAGGGACGAAUUGGAGAAGAAGGAUGGAGAAAAGGUUGCGAUGAAAGAUCCUCCGGACUUACUGGACAGGCAGAAAUGCCUGGACGCCUUGGCGUCUCUUCGACAUGCCAAAUGGUUUCAGGCAAGGGCAAACGGAUUAAAAUCAUGUGUAAUUGUCCUCCGCAUUCUGCGUGAUUUGUGCAACAGAGUUCCCACAUGGGCACCAUUAAAAGGAUGGCCACUAGAGCUUAUAUGUGAAAAGUCUAUAGGUACUUGUAAUAGACCUUUGGGCGCUGGGGAGGCCUUGAGACGAGUAAUGGAGUGUUUGGCAUCUGGAAUACUACUUCCUGGUGGUCCUGGUCUUCAUGAUCCUUGUGAGCGAGACCCAACAGAUGCUUUGAGCUAUAUGACCAUCCAGCAAAAGGAAGAUAUUACCCACAGUGCACAGCAUGCACUCAGACUAUCAGCCUUUGGCCAGAUUUAUAAAGUGCUGGAGAUGGACCCCCUUCCAUCUAGUAAACCUUUUCAGAAAUAUUCCUGGUCAGUUACUGAUAAAGAAGGUGCUGGGUCUUCAGCUCUGAAGAGGCCAUUUGAAGAUGGAUUAGGGGAUGAUAAAGAUCCCAAUAAGAAGAUGAAACGAAACUUAAGGAAAAUUCUGGAUAGUAAAGCAAUAGACCUUAUGAAUGCACUAAUGAGGCUAAAUCAGAUCAGGCCUGGGCUUCAAUAUAAGCUCUUAUCUCAGUCUGGCCCUGUCCAUGCCCCAGUCUUCACAAUGUCUGUAGAUGUGGAUGGUACAACGUAUGAAGCCUCAGGGCCAUCCAAGAAAACAGCAAAACUUCAUGUAGCAGUGAAGGUAUUACAAGCAAUGGGAUACCCAACGGGCUUUGAUGCAGAUAUUGAAUGUAUGAGUUCCGAUGAAAAGUCAGACAAUGAAGGCAAAAAUGAAACAGUGUCUUCAAACUCAAGCAAUAAUACUGGAAAUUCUACAACUGAAACCUCCAGUACCUUAGAGGUAAGAACUCAGGGCCCUAUCCUCACAGCAAGUGGCAAAAAUCCUGUAAUGGAGCUCAAUGAAAAAAGAAGAGGUCUUAAGUAUGAACUCAUCUCGGAGACUGGUGGAAGCCAUGACAAACGCUUUGUAAUGGAGGUAGAAGUAGAUGGACAGAAAUUCAGAGGUGCAGGUCCAAAUAAGAAAGUGGCAAAGGCAAGUGCAGCUUUAGCUGCCCUGGAGAAGCUGUUUUCUGGACCCAAUGCAGCAAAUAAUAAGAAAAAGAAGAUUAUCCCUCAGGCAAAGGGUGUUGUGAAUACAGCUGUGUCUGCAGCAGUCCAAGCUGUUCGGGGCAGAGGAAGAGGAACUCUAACGAGGGGAGCUUUUGUUGGGGCUACAGCUGCUCCUGGCUACAUAGCUCCAGGCUACGGAGCACCGUAUGGUUACAGCACCGCUGCCCCUGCCUAUGGUGGUUUUUUCAUUGACAGCCCCUAUUGCCAGCCUCUGAGCGUCGCACCAUUUAUUAUUCACUUGGGCCCUCAAGAUUUCUUCUCUGACUUCUAGAACCAUCAGGUUGUCUGGCUUGAAAUGGCAAUUUCUGUCUUGGUCUUAAGAGCCUUGUGACCCCCUGAGGCUUUCCAGCUUUCAGAUACACCACUCUGACACCUUCUUUGGAAAGCAAUGACUGAGCAUUUUACAGAAGAGCAAUACUUUUAUUCAAAGCCACGGUGUCUGUUUUAAAACUUCUCCUUUGGAAACCUAGCAAUAUCUGUACUUAAGCCCUCCUAGCGUAGUCUCUUGUCCGGGAGUUUACAGACCAAUGGAGAACUUAGAAUCAGUGUGUGAGCUGUGCUAUCUUCUGACAGUUUUUUAAACUUUUUUAGCACAUAACUUGGGUAGUUGCAUUCCCGACUGCGUCAGUUAGCGCUAUUAUAAUUUCUCAGAGAUAGGGGUCCUCCUUGAAGCCAUAUUCUUUGCAUGGGGGCUGGCACCCAGCCAGGGAUGUGGCCUGCAGCCCCGGCUUCUUCCGGCUGCAGGAGCACCCCCUCUCUUGUGCAAGGUAAUUGGUCCAAUAGAUUCCCAACAUACCUCAUGCUGACUAGAUGCAGCGCAUGGUGCGUGCAGCAAGGAGUCCUGAGUCGUUUGUAGUCGCACAGAAAUCGUUAACCUGGGAACAAACCACUGAUAGAUUUUUCUGCUAUUAGCCUUUCCUUCUUUUUUUAAAAUUUGGGUGAAUGUUUGAAAAUCAUGAAUCAGUCAGUCACCGUUAUUAAUUGAAGAGCUGGGAAUACCUCGUUAAUGUAUUUUUAAAACUGGUGUUGGACCCUCUGUGUAUUUCAGGUUAAUACUUUUAAGCAGUUUUCAGCACGUUUAUCUCACUUUAUUCUCGUUCUCCUCGGACCUUCGUAGCCAUAUCACUUGUAUAAAAUAGGCUGAGAUCUAGUGACUGUAAGCUGUGGUCUCAGUAAACAAAGGUAAGCUCUUUUAUUUUCUGAUUAAAGAGAAAAAGUCAAUGAACACAACGUGCAUAUAUGACAAUCAUACAGGAUGUAUUUGAUCUCUUAGGUCUUAUGUCAUCAUGAUUACCUUUAAAAUUUUUAUGAUCUAAAUGUAAAAUAGUUAUUUUCAGCAUUUGUUUUAAUACCCUUGUAAUUACUUUUUAUUCAAGAGAGACAUUUCACUUUUACGAGUUAAAUGUGUAUAUGUGUGUAGAAACUUAUGAUAUAACAUAUAUGUGAAUUACACACACCUGUUUAAGUAAAAGAGUUUGGUGGUGGGAAGAGUCACCUAAGAAGACUUUAACGUCAGGGCACUCUUUGGGCCAAAGUGCUAGAAUUUCAUAAGCAGCAAGAUUGGUAACAAUGCUGGUAGGAUCCAUUUAUAUGUAGCUGUUACACAAGCAGAGGAUCAAAGUGCCAAUUUCUCAAGGAGAGAAAUUUCUCUGAGAAAUGCAAAUCUCUGAUCUGUGUUGUAUGCCCAAUACAACAGCAGUAAGAAGCCAUAAAAAGAAAAAGCAAUAGAAAAUUAAAAAAAAAAAAAAAAACCAAAAUAUUAAGGUAACUAUGGAAAAAUAAUAUGUCAUUGACUGUCAUUAAGCUAACUAUUUGCAGAACCAACUCUGGCAAGACUCAGAAUGGUAAAUACCCAGUCUGCAGAGACCAAAUAGACUUCAGGCAAUUCAUCGAGCUUUUUCCAAGGUCAGGUAGCUAGACGAUUAAUUUCCCACCUUCCUCAACCAUCAUGGAGUUCAUUUACAAGAUGUGAGGGUUAGGCCAAAUAUCUUAAUAAGGAUUUGCUUCAUUUAGUGUGUCCCAUAAGUACAUUUCAUAUGUGAUAGAUGUUCUGUGCUGAGGCCGUAUUUCAUAUAUAUAGAGAUUAAAAUGAAAUUUCAUGUUUUAUGUGUCUCUCAGUAGCGGUUUUCUUUUUAUUACUAACUUUGAAGGUUGCUGGAACAACGUUUCUCCCAUACAGAAUCUGUAUGUACGUCAAACGUGGCUUUGGCACCCAUAAAAGGUUGUAUGAGGCCUAGCUGAUGAGGACUACGUAGGUUCCCGUUCUCAUCCAACAGCCGAGUGUCCAUUAUGUGCCAGAUCCUUCUCCGGGCACUAGCAAAACAGAGGCUCUGCCCAGUGAAAGCAUUUUAAGUCUGAGAGUGUCCUUGUUGGUGAAAUUGGGUUGAUUAUAAAUAUCCUACGUUGGGAGGCAGAUGAUGCAUUAGCAGUGUCAAAGGAUAAUGACCUUGAUCAGCAGUUUAUUUAUACAUUAUUUAAUAAUAUAAGCCCUCUGACACCACUGAAAUGGCCAUCAUUUGGAAAUUCACUCAUUUUAAAUAUUUCCCUGGCAGUUUUGAGAGCCUGAAACCAACUCUGUUUUAUGUUCCUGGACCUCUCUCCAAGUAAGUGAAUGCAUUGAAAUGAAAAACAAUUAUUCCAGUCCUUUUUAAGCAGUUUUUAUAGUAUAGCAAAGACCAAAGUGGUUGCUGUAAACACUGACCACAUUUUUUGGACAAGUGAGGGGAGUUUUACCCUUACAAUCAAUCGUUCAUUAUAACUUGCCUGUUUAUUAGAUUUCUUUAAUAACUGCAGUGGAGGUAAAUGUUCAAUAGUGAGUUAGGGAAACAAACUAAGACUUGCAGAUGCGCCUUCACCCUUUCCCCCAGCAGUUGGAUUUCUAGUAGUCGAGGGCCCUAAAAACUAGGGACAUUAAGAGCAGUUAAAGCUGAAAACAACCUGCUCUGUGAAUGGUCCUCCUGUACCUCCCACUCAGCACAGGCCAGUGCGUCCUCGGUGGUGGGGAGCAGGAUGUAGCGUGUCUCUGAAGUCCUCAGAGCAAGAAAGGUUCUGAUGCCACGCCAUGCGGUGACCAUAGGUCUCUCAGUGUCUGAAGGAGGCCUGGCAGGGAGACGGGCAGUAAAUGAAUAACAGCUGCAGAGUCCAGAAACUACCUGCUGCUGGGGUGAGUUUCAGUCUGAUGUUUCUCUCUAGCAGUUACUUCCAGGGCACAAACUAGUACUUCUUAUGUAAGAGUGAGUCUCUUCCCUUCCUCAUCCCAUCUUCCAGAAAGACUGUUUUAAGUCAAGAAUUCAAGUUGAGUUAGUUGUAAGAAUAGAGAUCCUUUCCCACAUUAUCAUUUUAGGUAGGAGCUAACAGCUUCCAUUGAUACUUGAAGCAGUGAUCUUUGGAGAUUUAAAAAAAUAGCACCAUAGUGCAAAUUAGGUUAUGUAAGCUUUACAGCACAGCUAGAAAUAGGGACUAGAAACCAUGUGGGAAUCUGGGCCAAAGGAUUUUUCUCCCUCCAGCAAAUUCCCGUGGGGCUUGGGAAUUGGAAGAGUUAAUACACGCAAAGUGCUUUGAAUAGUACCUGGUGCCCAGAAGUUCUCGGUCAGUGUUGGCGGUUCCUGCCAUGGUUGGCUGAAGUGACAGAAGGUAUGUGAGGGAAGCGAGACUGUGCUGGCAGGUAGCUGAGAAGCAGGUGCGUGACCUACUCAGGGGAGCUGCAUUGGUUCCUUGGUGGUCGCAGGUUUCGGGUGCUUCCAGUCUUUGAGAGAGGACUCCUGGCAUCAGGGGACUAAACAGGAAACACAGAGCAAAUGCUUGGUGAGCGAGGCAGUGUGGGGAGGUCGCUGCACACCCAUGCUGACUGAGAGUGCCCGUGUUUCUGCUGAGGUGGUGAAAUCAUUGGCCAGUCUGCUGCCAGGGAUUCAUAAAUCCUUGCUUUGGGAUUUAAGUGUGCUUAGAACUUCAAAAGGGCUGAGCUUAGAAUAUCAACCUGCUGAUUCCCAGUUUCCUACCAGUACAUUAAUAAGAAAAAAGAGGUGCGUGAUUUCAGCGAGGCCUGGAGCUCACCGGUGUUGGACCGAUAGUUCUUGUAAACCACAGACCGAGGAGCCUGGGUGGCACGCUUAGAAGGCCGCUGACCCUGCCGCUCCCCUUCAUAGCAUUCCCGCAGCUUCUCUCUUCCAGUUUGCUUCACCACUUUGGAAAUAAUCUGCACUCAUCGCUACACGAGGCCUCCCCUGUUUGCUCUUCUCUCAGAAAACACAUCUGCCUCUCCAUCCCACUCUUUUCAGCAGAAGGAAAGAUGGGUAGAUGGUGAGACGGAUGCUGUUGGUUGAAUAGCAUAGUCCUGUCCCUUUCUGCACAGGCUUCAGGCACCUCUGAGGAAGGAUGGGUGGGUGCAUCCCCGUCCGCCGGCACGACGUACGCUAGGUGGGGGAUUACAGAUUGAGUUCUGGGAUGCUCCAAGUUUAUAAAAACUGUGUCGGUAGGGACUGAGCAUUACCUUUAUUAAAGGCAAAUAAGGUAGAUUUGCGUUAUAGUCAAGACGUGUCGUCGUCGUCUUCUUCUUCUUCUCCUUCUCCUUCUCCUUCUCCUUCUCCUUCUCCUUCUCCUUCUUCUUCUUUUUUUAAUGGUACCAGCGAUGGGAAGUGAAAGAGGAGGGGACAUGACAGCAACAGCUUCAGGGGAGGCUCCAAUGGCCUCUCUCUUGCUGUCCCCCCAAAGCAAGAGGCUUUUCUUAAAUCCAAGAGGUUCCCCCAUUCCUCAGCUGUGGCCGUUUGGUGGAGUCAUUUCCUCAUUGAGCCAAGGUUGAGGGAAGGCCUUUCUUUUCUUCAUUUCUUUUUUUUUUUUUUUCCCCCUUGACCAAUCAGUUUUAACGUCUUCACCCCUUGGUCUUUCUAAGCAGGGUCUUGGUGAUUCGUGGCAGAAUUUUGCCAUUUGGCAUUUCUGCCAAGUGCGGCUGCCCCUCCGCGCUCUGCCCAAGCAGUGGACGGGAGACUGACCAGCAUGUCCUGGCUGGAGAUGUGUGGUCCUCACCUCUUCUGCUGCUUCUGGCCCUAGGAGGGCACGGGAUUAGCCCGGCAGGCCUGCGGACGUUCUCUCAGCGCUGCCUGCGGCCCAGUCUCUCAGCCUGCCUCGAGUCUCUGUACGGCUGGGACGGGUGGUCUCUGCUUGCACAUGUCAGCUGAAUGUCUCCGGUAAUGGAGUUAACAGGAGCCUUCUGUUUAGGUCAUUUUGGGCUGUGGGCAGCAGUAGAUUGGAGAAGGAGCAGAAGAGAGAGAAGGAAGAAAUGCUGAAAUUACUCUCUUGCAUGUGCCGGGCACUUGGACCUUGUUUUCAAACAAUCUUCUUGGAGGUGGUAUUCUCAUUCUCAGAUAAAAAAAAAAAAUAGGCUCAGGGUUCAGGGCUGGAGUUAGGAACAAAACCCCAAUCCGUCCGAUGCCAAAGCCUCUUUUACCACACCGUGUGCGCUGUGGGUACCGUCUGGACAAAGGGGAGGAGCGCGCCGGGUGGCAGGAAGGAGGUGUGCAGGCCGUGGGCCAGGCCCAGUGGGGGCCUCACACCUCACAUGGGGUCACAGGGUCCUGAGAUCACAGGCGCCUCCUGUGCUGGAAGCCAGGCUCUCUGACUUGAGGCUGUUCUGGACCAGAUAUCCUGGCCUUUUAAAAAUGGGGCUGUUUUUUGUGAGACCAAUUGGGAAAGAUUAUAUAACUGGAAAGAUAGGCUGGAAGACUUAGGUGUGGUUGUAUAAACAGAGGAAGCCCUUGUAUUUCAAGCUUUUUUUUUUUUUUUUUCUGUUUGAAUAUCAGUGACAACUUGAGGUAUAGGUUUUCAUUCAGCUAAUGCUUCCUGCGUAUAUGUUCUGUCUGGCCUGAGAUUGGUGAUGGGGAUGUCUUAGAAGAUUUGAACCAAGACACUCAAGGCUGGCAAGGUUCUGACUCACAGGGUAAAAGGAAGAGGGGCCUGGAGGGCUGGCAACCCAGGUUUGGGGUAGAAGUGUCGGGAGCCGUCCUGUGCUGAACAGAGCUUGGGGAGUGCCGGAUUGCAGUGGCCUGUUCCGAUUGCCAGGACUUUCCCCAGACUAGGCUUCAGGGACGGUGGCCAGCCUGAAGGUCGCAGGCGGCCCUCUAGGUUGCGCUGCGCUUGGUGAGCCCUGCUGGGAUGGCUUUGAGGUCUCUGAAUUGCUGCACUUGAGCCGUUCUUCCGAACUUGGCUGAGUCUCCCGCUGCUGCAGACCGUGUCGCCAGCUCCUUUGCUAACAAUUGCCACCUGGGUCUCUGCUUAGGGAUAGGUGGGGUGGGGAUGGAGGCAGAAUCCUCUCCAGGGAAAGACAGUCCUCCCUCACCCCAAGUCAUUGUCCUUGGCAUUUGGCCAUUUCUCUGCGCCACCUGCCGUGAUGCUGGAGGGGAGCAGGAGGAAGGAACGGUUUUAAACCCAGGUUGCACGAGUUCCAGAGCAGUGACUUGUGUGAGGAGAGUGAGUACCUGGCCCAGCGCUCGCUUAGCAGCUGUUCUUUCCCAGUGGCCGAUCUGUUUCCCACCCUGCCCCUACAGUGUGGAGAAUCGCCGGGCACGGACUGUUUUUCUUCCUGAGCAGGCAAGGCUGUCGAAGCCCAGAGAGCUCUCCAGAUCACCCAGCUUGUUUGUGGCAAAACCCUGUGGCUCCUAAUGAGUUUUUAACCACACAGAAGAAAUGACAUGUCUUCCACUGUUUUUGGAGUUAACAGAAGCCCUUUCUUGGGGACGAGAGUUGAAUUAGACAACAACUGUGGGAUCUAGAAAUGAUCUCCUUUUAUAGAUGAGGAAAUGAAGGCUUAGCCAAAAUGACUUGCCCCAAAUUAUACAGCAGUAAGCGGCUGAGCCCACCCAUUCUGCCAGCACUGUGCUCGGUACUAGUGGUUUGUCUUACUGGUCUAGACUGCUUGCCUGCCCAGUUUCCCUUUCUCUCUCUGAGGCAUUCUGCUUACCUCUCUUCCACACUUCUGGGACAUAUCCUGUGUGGUUUGAAACAAAACAAGCAAAAACCAAUGCUCCACCUCUCGCCCUGCCCCCUGCCAUGUGGAGGAAAAAAAAAAAAAAAAAGAAUCCAGACUUUGGGCUUAUUCUUUCUCUGGUUCCUUUGGAGGAACUGUUAGCUUGCCCCUGGGCUUAGGGGACUGGUUAACCUUGGGCCUGGCAGCCUAUUCUGUUACUGUUGUGCCUGUUUCCAUACCGUUUUUUGGUAGCAGAACUGAACUCUGUAAUCAAGUGUAGACCAGUGAUUGCCGCUGGAGAGACCCCCAGGGGUUGGUAGGCAGGGAGGGAUAAGCUGUUGGAAGUGUGAUUUUCGUAUUCUUCUGCAUCCAUGUUUUGGUUGUUGGCUGUCGUCUGUCCCUGCCUAGGCCUUCAUUAUCUGCUCCACCCAAAGGAGUCAUCCUCACAGUAACACGUUGCCCACGGUGCUCGGAUGCUGUGGGAUCUCACUGGACCCUUCCAUCAUGGAGAUGUUCUCAGAAGUUGCUCCGCUUUCUAACAUCUCUCAUGUCCUUGGAGGCUAUGUUAAGGGAAAUGUCGUGGACAUCAUCUAGGAGGUGAGAAACCUCUGGAAGGUGGCACCUGGGGAACUUGGGAAAGCCAAGGGCCCCUCUAAAUGAGAUUCACUGAGGCUGCUGGGGAGACCUGGGGAGAUCACGGACCUUUCCAUCAGCUAUUUUAAAGGGUUAUUUUGACUUGUACGUGACUCUAGAAGGAAGGUUAAAGACGGUUGUAGGAAAGCAGUUGGGCAGUUUGGGCAGUGUGUGCCUCCCGAGAUGGUGGGGCUGUCCUGGGAGAUUAGGUGUGAUGAGAAGCGAGGCCGGUGGUGACCAGGAAUGUUUAAGCAAGCCAGCUAUUUGCACAGUGCAGAGGGAUUUCUUCCACGGGAUGUCAGGUUCGGAUGGCACGCCGAUGUGAUCGGUGACACUGCCAAGGCCACUGCUCCCCUCUUUGGCACGUGGAUUCGUUGAGAAACAUUCACUGUCAACUACUGCUUGCUUCCCAGGCUCUCCCAGCUGGAGAAAAUGUCAAGAUCUUCUGUUUAGACAGCGGAGUAGAAGGCGAAACCACUGACCGAGGUGGAGUGCACAGGAAGGGGGAGCUCAGGGGCCUGACCAGGUCAGAGCCGUCUCCUGUGGUUGGGGAAGACUCUGGCAGGCCUCCUGCUCCGUGAGGAGGCCUAGGACCUGAGCAGCUUUGACGGGAGUGGCAGAGGCUUCCCGCGGAGACUGGCAUCUGCACUGGAUGGAGGUCUGCCAGGGGGGUCAUGAAGGAGAGCUUUCCAGAAGGGGGCACAGCGUGCACAGAAAGGGCAUAGCCUUCUGGAGCAGCACGAAGGUACUUGCUGAUGGCAGCUGGUACCUGGGGCCAAGAUGGGGAAGGUGUGGGGAGGGAAGAAGGUGCUGGCAGGGCAGGAGUGGGCGAUGGGAGAGGGGCGGCAGUGUGGGAAGGGCCAUCUCUUUUGGGCUGGGAAAUGGGGGUUUGGUGGGCCCAAUUUCUCAUCAGUGGGUGGCUGUGAGCCCUCUUCUUGUGCUGUCUGGGUUAGUGGCUCUUUGGCGGUGGAUAGAGAGGUGUGCAGUCCGGCCAGUCAGCAUCUUACCCUUGCCCCGAGUUUCUGCACGUGCCUGCUCUCGUGGUCUCACCAAAGGGAGUGACAGGUAUUGAGUGUUCACUCCUAUAGAGGCCCUCUGCUUUUUAAAAAAGUAAUGUUUUGGUUUCUUUACCCGGGCAAGGUCCGGAGCUCCUUGGAUUCAGCACCUACAGAACAUGGUUUUUACUUAGUGGGAAGUUGCAGAUUUGCCACACAGAGCACUUUAAAGAGAGGGGGGGAAAAACCAUGUAAGAUUUUGGCGUCUAGCUCAGUCCUCCCACCUCUGGCUCAUCCUGGACGGGUGGCAUAGAGCACUGAAAGGAGUCAGGGUGGGUUUCUGCACCUCUCUUAUUUAUAUAGCUCUCUUGGGGACUAAGGCUAAAGAGGCAGCUGUGGUUUUGAACCUUCAGGUCAGAACUAUGCAAGGUUACAGGUGCACUGAGACAGUGAUCCUGUCUGCCUUUGGGGUGGCCAAGACCUGAGGGUCAAGUGUCUGCAACUUGUCUUCUUACUCUGUUGGGCCACAGAAGUAUCACUUGUGUGUGUCACAAUGUGGAAAUAUAUGGGAGCACUCCCUCAGACCUGGUGUCAGCAAACUUUCUGGAAAGGGCCAAACGGCAAAUCUUCCAGACAUGGCUAUUCAGCUUGGUUGUGGUCACGCAAGAGCAGCCAGAGAUGGUGCAUAAGCCCAGGUGUGGCUGUGGUCCGAUAAAAUUGACUUUAAAAGAAACAAAAGAGUGGGCCUUAUUUUGCCUACCCCUGCCUUAGGCUGUAGAGACUGACCCUUUGGCUUAAUUAUGACUGGAAACUUCCUUCCAUCUGCCGCCUGGCCCAUCUACCUGAAACAGAAGGCUUCCUGAGCAUCUGUUCUGUAUGAGCACUGGGGAGGAAGGGGCAGUCCUGGCCCGUAAGGACCACAGGUUUUGGUGGGGGGGGGGGGGCACUGACAGGUGAGAGCAACAUGUAGAACAGAACAGGGCUCAAGGAAGUCCAAGGUGACGGGGCCCCAAUGACAGAAGGGCUAAGGGCAAAUCAGGAGAGCCCUAGGAAGCUGCUCUGGAGAGGACACCAAGAACCGUGUAGUCACACAGGCAUGUUGGGCCCAGCCUGGGCAGGGCCCUGAAUGCCAGGCUAAGGAGCUUGGGCCUCAUUCUCUGGGCCCUGGGGAGCCAGUGAGAGAUUGUGUUUAGAACAGUAAAGUGAUCACAGGUGCAUUUUAGAAACGGCACUCUGGUCAUAGAAGACCAGAGUUGUGGUUGCAGAUGGUAUCUCGGUUUUGUCCGGACAUUUUAGGCAAGAGUUGGGUGGGUGUUGCUAUGAGUAGAAAGGAGAGGUCCGGAGAAUUGGUUGUUCUCUACCGUUCUGACUUGGCGGAAUUUGAUAAGUCCUCUGUCUCCGGGCCUGUCUUGCUACCCUUUUAAAUAAGGGCAAGACAAAACCAGGAUUAGAUUCUGGCUUGGGGCCUUGAUGUGUGAGAGUAAAAGUGAGUUCCCCUUGCUCCAGAAUGGAGUUCAUGGCAGGAGAGCUUCACGGAGCAGACUCCCUUCCCGUUGGCAUGCAGCCAACACACGAAACAGGCCUUGCGAGAAGUGCAGAGGAUGGUCAGGACUCUGGAGAAGCCUCCAGGCCACUGAGGCAAGAUGCCCGUACGUGACAGGCCGAAGCCAACACCGCUCGGGUGUAUCACAGACUGCCUGAGGCCAGGCCUUCUGGCGGGUGCAUGGGGAGACGGAGGUGAGUCACUCAUGGUGCCUGCCCCAAGGUGCUCAAUGUAGUUGGGGCGACAAAAACAACUAUAAAUGUAUAUAGUCCUUUCUAUUUCCCCGAUAUCCACAACCCCCGCCCCCCCCCCACACCCCCCGAGAUUUCUAGGCAGGUGGAAGGAUGCUUUUUACUGAGCCAUGGUGAGGUGUGAGGGUCGGGAGCUGCCAUGGGAGGGCCCCUGGGGACUGGAGAAAGGCCACCUAAUCUGAGUGUGUGUGCACCUGCUGUCUCAGCGAAUCCCCCACAGGCCCCUGGGAGGGGUGAGGCUGCCUGGCGCCUGCAGCUAGGAGGUGUGGCGUCCGCACUGGCCUUACUGAGAGGUGGUUUCUUCGUGGUCCGCUGGCACCCUGAUCAGGAGUGAGGGGUCUGGUGGCUGCCCUGGCUCCCUGGGGAGCUGUGUGACAUCCUUGCUGGGAACCAGGUGAGGGUUAUGGAAGGAAGUUUUGGUGAGGCUGUGCCUCCAGGGCAUGUUGGAUGCCCGCCUUGCUUGUCAGGCUCUCUCUGGUGGAGGGUGGGCCUCUCGGACUUUGCUGCCUGGUCUUGUCUUUUUGGGGGUGUGGAGGGGGGGCUCUUGUGCUCUUAACGGUAGGUGUGGGACUUGGCCGAGGGAGGAGCACUCCUUGUGUUUUCCAUAGGCGUUUCUCCGCUCCUCCAAGGGGAAGGACAAAGGUGGGUCUGGCUGUAUGCAAGGUGUGGCCGUUAGAGGCAGCUUGGUCCUGGCCCCGGCCCUUGCCCUCUCCUCGUCCCUGAGCGUAGGCUUGAUGCCGUUUUCUUAGCAAAAUAAAUGGUCAGAAGGUUGCUUUUUUUCUUUGACUCUAACCUAAAUAUUUCUGUUUUUCUGGAAAGUCAUGUUUUUUUUUUUGUUCAUGGAAACUAAGGGUAGGGACAGGAGUGUUAGUGCAGAAGACUCUUUAAGGAGUCCCUUUUCCACUGGUAAUUUAUUAAGUUACAUUUAAGUGUCCAGCCUCUUUCUCCCCUUUUCCGGGCUGAGCACCGCUCCCCACCUCGGGCUUAGGAGUUGGUCUGCUGUGUCAGGGGCAAGACGUAUUGCUCCAGAUGGGCUUGUUUCCUGGAUAUGUGUCACUGUGACGCAUCCUUGAGUAACCUCAUCUGUGGCACUGACCCCUGAGGUAGUGACGAUGCCCACAGGAGCUUUGGAAUUCCGUGCCAGGCCAGCCCCGAUUCCCCACUUACUUCUCUCAACCUUUUGUGUCAGAAGUGCUGCCAUUAGACGCAUCCCUUUCCCUGACCAGGACGGCAUCUCACGCUCAGACCAGCCCUGGGCCAUCAGGUAGGGUUCGCACCGCUCCCCUACUUCAUAGAGGGAACACUGAGAGCUACCCGUUCCCUCGCUCACUUAAUGCAGUGGUUUCUCAGCACCCGGCCGGGCUAUGGCUAUGUGGGAGGUGGCUUAGCUGCCAUUUUUUGCUACCUUUCUUGGAGAGGAAGGCUUGUUUCUAGAAACUCAGCUGGGGAGCCAAACCGUAGGCAACCUCAAGACCCCGACUAGGGCCUUAGUUUUGACACCUCCUAGGAAUUCCAGGCAGCUGUCGCCCAUGCAGUCUCCCAACUCCAGAUGUACUUCCUUUCCUGGGGCUUGAGGAAACAAAAUGAAUGCUUGCUUGACGGGGGAGUGCUCUGCCUUUGUUCCUCUUGACUUCUAGUGAGGCACAAGCCCCUUCAUUUGGUAAAUCUUACGUACAUUAGCCCUCAGCAGUGCUUACCCCAAAGUGUUUUGUACUCAGGCCUUUCACCAGGAACCCAUCCGCUGGCCUCUUGUGCUGAACAUCUUGUCCAAGUGGCUUGUGGCUUUAGGAGAGGACAGUCUCCUGAGAGAACCCUAAUUAUUAGGGUGAGGACACUUCUGGGGGCAGUGAAGCUGAUGGGCCUGGCUCGGCCUGUUGGCUCCACAGCCCGCCCACCCUGGUCUCAGUGCCAUGUGGCAUUACCAGAGAGUGGCCUGUAGGACUUGUCACCCACUCCAUGCAGAACUCCUGGUCUGGGGACGAGGCAGCUAGCUCAGAACUAAGGCCCAGAUCUAUUCGAGAGGGGGCUUCUCUCAUAAAGGAGCAAGGUGGCCCUGCUCGGCCUCAGCCCCUGGGGUGGGGAGUCCAGGAGGCAUGGAGAAGGCCGAGUGUAGUUGUGGGUAGAAAACCUUUCCCUACUGCACGGUUACACACAUGACAUUGGACUCCUGGCUAUGGCUUACUCUCACUCUGGUCUGGUGAUGGCCAAGGUAGUUUUUUAGGUAUCAACUGAAAAUAUCUAUCUGUAUAUCUAUUUACUGUGUUUUGUUUUGUUUUGUUUUUUUCUGAAUACGCAAGUGUAAAUAGUAUCAUUUGCAGUGCAAAGUCCUUGGCAAUAACUUUACGUUGUGUAUUAUGUUGAAAAAAUUGGCAAAUGCGACCACCAUGGAUUGUCCUUCCCGUCUGGGGCAAUGAUUACAUGUAGGACUCUGAACUUUAAACCUUCGGCGUGGUUGAAGCAGCAGCCUGCAUGUGUGGACUGUCACCAGUGCCUCGUCCAGGAUGCCUGGCCUUCAUCCAAAGGGACUCUCUGCCGCCCCAGCGCCCACACUGUGGCUCCUUCGCACUGACUAUGUCGGACUCUGCCGUAGACUGGUCCUCUUGUCUGGCUGCUGCAGUCUGUCUGUAAUGCCCUGACAUGUUGCAUUCUCCCCUUUUGGAUGAAUAAAAAUAAAAGCUUCUGUCUUCAACAGCA